GUUGUCACUCGCCGCAGUCCGCAUUUUAAGACGUGAUUGUAUUCGUGUUUUUACUGUAUAGUUAAUAUUUUAAUUAAUAUAGAACGUUUAUAGCGUUUAAAAUAAGUGUAAAAAUAAGCUAAUACCUACCGUUUUGUCAAAGCUACUUAUUUUCGAUAAAUCCAGAAUGCCUCCUAAAAAAGUAGAAGAACCAGAAAAGAAACCACUCAUUGGAAGAGUUGGUACUAACUUAAAAGUGGGAAUUGUUGGAGUACCUAAUGUUGGAAAGUCAACAUUUUUUAAUGUGCUCACUAAAAGUCAAGCUGCUGCAGAAAAUUUCCCAUUUUGCACCAUCGACCCUAAUGAGAGUAGGGUACCAGUCCCGGACGAGAGGUUCGAUUUUCUCUGCGAGUAUCAUAAACCAGCCAGCAAAGUGCCAGCGUUUCUGAAUAUAGUAGACAUCGCGGGGUUGGUUCGAGGCGCCGCGGAGGGGCAGGGUCUUGGCAAUGCAUUCUUGUCACAUAUAAAAGCGUGUGAUGCUAUUUUUAAUUUAUGCAGAGCUUUCGACGAUGAAAGUGUAAUUCACGUAGACGGUGAAGUGGAUCCGAUUAGAGAUUUAGAAACUAUUGGCGAGGAACUGCGUCUGAAAGAUGAAGAACAACUCAUGCAAAACAUUGAGAAACUAGACAGGACCGUCAAUCGCGGUGGAGACAAGAAACUUAAACCGGAAUACGAAGCGUUAGCGAAAAUCAAAACAAUUCUUGUCGAAGAAAAAAAGCAUAUUCGUUUUGGCGACUGGAGUGCUGCUGAUAUCGAGGUGCUCAACAAAUACCUGUUUCUCACAUCAAAACCAGCUUUGUAUCUUGUGAAUUUGUCGGAAAAGGAUUACAUUAGAAAAAAGAAUAAAUGGUUACCGAAGUUAAAGGAAUGGAUUGACAAGAACGACCCUGGAGCGCCUCUUAUACCAUUUUCUGGUGUUUUAGAAAGCAAAUUAAUGGACAUGGACCCUGACGAAAAGCAGAAAUUCCUUAAAGAAAACAACAUUACAAGUGCUCUAGAUAAAAUAAUCGUGCAAGGGUACAAAGCGCUACAACUGGAAUACUUCUUCACUGCUGGUCCAGAUGAAGUUAAAGCUUGGACCAUUCAGAAAGGCACAAAAGCGCCUCAGGCCGCCGGUAGGAUCCACACGGAUUUCGAGAAAGGUUUCAUAAUGGCUGAAGUGAUGCAUUUUAAAGACUUCAAGGAAGAGGGCUCCGAAGCCGCGUGUAAAUCCGCUGGCAAAUACCGACAACAAGGCCGCAAUUACGUAGUCGAAGACGGUGACGUGAUAUUCUUCAAGUUCAACGCGGGGGCGGGGCUAAAGGACGCCAAGAAGAAAUGACGCGACAAACUGCUUCUACUCCUCGUACACAUGUUGUAUCUCAACCUUGCGCUCUACUCGCUACUACACGUCGCUUGAAUGAUGGACACUUUUUUAUAUAUAAUAAUUUAUUUAUAGUAUAUAUCUCAGCAUUUAUUGAAACGAGCUGGUUCAGACACAGUGCAAUCCGCGCGGUUGAACUGUUUUGACUCUCUAUUUGGUCCAAAAUAGGUACAAUACUAUUUAUUAUAGUAACCUUAGAAUGUAUGUGACAUUACAGUAAGUAUACAAAACCAAUGAUUUUCUACAGCAAAUCCUAGUUAUUAUACCGUUAUCGUAGCUGAAUGAAUUUUGUACGAUGGAUUUUAGCCAUAAGUGCAAGUGUUAUUUAUUGCGUUUGUCACAUUGAUUGCAUCAAAGUUUGUAAAUAAAAGUUUGUCUUCAAUCGAUGGUCUAUAGGCGUCAUAUUUUGUUUUUGAUAUUACACAACCUCACAGUGUACUGUUCAUAUCCUCCGUUGCGGUUUUCGUUCUGUCUGAGCUAGCAUUAAAGCUUGUUCUUGUUUGUCAAUUUUAUCAUACUAAGAAUUUGUAAAUUCUCAUUGACUUGUAAUAAAUAAUAUAGUUAUAUAACUUCAA